AUUGGGUUGUCUUCACCGGUGUGCUGUCCGUCGAUUAAUUUUACGGCGUGAUUCUUCGACAUGGCGCAAAAUAAAUUCAGCGAGAUGGCCUCACGCUUUAGUAAGGGCACAAACGGAGUGCCGAUGAGCCUGAAGUUUCUCGCUGCUGCGGGCGUUGCGGCGUAUAGCGUUUCGAAAGCCAUGUACACAGUGGAGGCUGGUCACAGAGCAAUCAUAUUCUCUCGGUUGGGUGGUAUUCAGAAGGAUAUCCUGACCGAAGGUCUACACUUCCGCAUUCCAUGGUUUCAGUAUCCAAUAAUUUAUGAUAUUAGAAGCAGACCUAGGAAACUGUCCUCACCCACAGGAUCUAAAGAUUUACAAAUGGUCAAUAUCUCAUUACGUGUUCUCUCACGCCCUGAUGCCAGCACGUUGCCUUCCAUGUACCGACAAUUGGGUCUCGAUUAUGAUGAAAAGGUACUUCCAAGCAUUUGCAAUGAAGUGCUGAAGUCUGUUGUCGCCAAAUUCAACGCCUCGCAGUUAAUUACGCAAAGACAGCAGGUAUCUAUCAUGGUGCGUAAGGAAUUGACAGAACGUGCUCGAGACUUCAAUAUCGUUUUGGAUGACGUCUCGAUAACGGAGCUUAGCUUCGGUAAAGAAUACACAGCUGCAGUCGAAGCUAAACAAGUGGCCCAACAGGAGGCUCAACGAGCUGCAUUUGUAGUAGAAAGAGCCAAGCAAGAACGACAACAAAAGAUCGUACAAGCCGAAGGAGAAGCGGAAGCAGCCAAAAUGCUUGGUUUAGCUGUUAGCCAGAAUCCUGGAUACCUAAAACUACGUAAAAUACGAGCUGCACAAAAUAUUUCGCGUACGAUCGCUAAUUCCCAGAAUAGAGUAUUCCUCAGUGGCAAUAGUCUGAUGCUAAAUAUCCAAGAUCCUACCUUUGACGAGGGUUCGGAUAAGCUGAAAAAUUACAUGGGAGUGAGCUGGAAGAGCUGGGACGAAGCGGCCGACCGCGCCGUCCGGAGCCUGAAUACCAGUUCUCAUCGGGCACUGCCGACUACCGAAAGGUCCGGCAUCAACACACCAGUACCCCUUGUCGUCCCAUUCCUCCUGGAAUCAGCUGAUGAUAGUGCUAAACUGAUAGUACCGUUACGAUAAGAGUUCUUCGGCCCAAGCUUGUCCUCACCAAUCAUGACUCCUCUUU